CGUGGGCCACCCAGGGACCCCCUCAUGGGUGCAGCUCGGGGAAGACACUACAGCUGGGUCCAUAUGGCAGCGGAGAUGGUGGACCCUACGGUACCUGGCUGCCGACUAGCCGACUCGGCCGGCCAGGCAAGCCUAACGAACCCACACGCCCGACACGCCCCACUGUGUCCUCAGCCCCGGAAGCGGAACUGCCUGCGCGUGGAGGGCGGGACCAGCACCGCCUACUAUUGGCCGCCCGCGGUUGUGGCGUUCUUCUCCUGCCGCGCGUUGAUUGGCCGCGGAACGUCAACGCUCGGUAUUUGAAUCUGGGGCGGGCUCAGCGGACGGCAGUCACGAACUGCGAAAGCAGAGUUUGUUGGGAUUCCUACGCCUCGGUUUCUCCAGCUCGGAGACCCAGCGUAGAGCAGGGGCGGUGCGGGCCCAGGGCCCCUCAGCAGUAGGCAGAAUGAGCCUGCAUAUCUUAAAUGAUGAAAAUGUCCCCAGUGAAGAGAGUUCAGAAAGCUGUAACUUCCUGUUUUCACAACCGGAACUUACCGGAAGAUCCUCUAUUCUUCGUCCAUCACAGAAAGAAAAUGUGCCACCCAAGAACCAGACUAAAGCUGCAAAAGUGACUUUUCAUACACCUCUUCGGGAUCCACAGACACACAGGAUCCUAAGUCCUAAUACGACCAGCAAACUUGAGACUCCUUUUGCUCUGGACAAUAUUGGAUUAGAAAACAAUAGCUUCGUCUGCUUACAAAAGAAGAGACUGGCAGAGAGAACUGGCCUCCAGCCUCUCCUGAAGAAAUCAGAAGCCAGCCAGGAGCAGGCCCCCAAAGAAGCAGAAGAAAGAGAUGGGACAAGAGAGAGAAAUGAAUGUCCCCAGCCUGCUUCUUGGGGCUCUUACCACCUUAACCAGGAAAAACUGGAUGACCCAAACUUCACCCUAUUUGGAGGUGACUCCAAGUAUAAUGUCAAAAUGACCAAGCUUCCACAAAGUUCCAAGAGCAGGUUGGCCUUGCAGCUAAGUGCUAGGCCUACAGAUGUGGAGAACUCUCCAAGCCAUCAGCUGCCUUUAGCUCCAGUGGAUGAUGCACCUGUGGUUCAGAUGGCAGCUGAGAUCCUAAGAGCAGAAGGUGAGGUCCAGGAGGUAAUCUUGAAUUCCUCAAGCACUUCAGCUUCUACAAGUUUUCUGGACAAUGUACUGGUCGAACCUCCUGUUGGGCCAGUUCUGGAGCCUUCUCAUCAGGGACCAGAGCCUAUCAUGGGUCGUGACCUCACCCCUCCUACUGGGCCAGUGCUGGAGCCUGCUCAUCAGGAACCAGAGCCUAUCAUGGAUCAUGACCUCACCCCUCCUACUGGGCCAGUUCUGGAGCCUUCUCAUCAGGAACCAGAGCCUAUCAUGGGUGGUGACCUCACCCCUCCUACUGGGCCAGUGCUGGAGCCUGCUCAUCAGGAACCAGAGCCUAUCAUGGGUCGUGACCUCACCCCUCCUACUGGGCCAGUGCUGGAGCCUUCUCAUCAGGGACCAGAGCCUAUCAUAGGUAGUGACCUCACCCCUCCUACUGGGCCAGUGCUGGAGCCUGCUCAUCAGGGACCAGAGCCUAUCAUAGGUGGUGACCUCACCCCUCCUACUGGGCCAGUGCUGGAGCCUGCUCAUCAGGAACCAGAGCCUAUCAUGGGUCGUGACCUCACCCCUCCUACUGGGCCAGUGCUGGAGCCUUCUCAUCAGGGACCAGAGCCUAUCAUGGAUUGUGACCUCACCCCUCCUACUGGGCCAGUGCUGGGACCUGCUCAUCAGGGACCAGAGCCUAUCUUAGACCCAGAGAAAGAGAUUUUCAGAGACCCAGCAGAAGUUCUAGGUACUGGUGCUGAAGUGGAUUAUCUGGAGCAGUUUGGAACUUCCUCGUUUAAGGAGUCAGCCUGGAGGAAGCAAUCUUUGUACUUGAAAUUUGAUCCCCUCUUGAAAGAGAGCCCUCUGCAGCCAAUGACAGUGGUCCCAGUGACAAAUAGUAUACAGAAUGCAGAUGAGGCUGGCUCAGGAAAUCCAAUGGAAGGCAAUCUUGUGGACUUAGAUUUCUUGGGAGCUCUGGAUGUUCCUGUGCCAGGCUCACCCUUGGGUGGCCUUGAGCCAAGAGGUCUCCUUCCUGCUGAGCCUAUUGUGGAUGUGCUACGGUACAGCCAGAAAGACCUGGACACAUUGGUGAAUGCGACACAACAGGAGAACUUGGAGCUGAGAAAGAAGUAUGAGGACCUCAACACAAAGUACUUGGAGAUGGGGAAGAUCGUGGAUGAGUUUGAGAAGAUCGUAUACAAUUCAAUAGUGGAGGCUGAGAAACAGAAGGAACUUGCAGAGGACAAAAUCAAAAAGGUUCUAAAAGAGAGAGACCAACUUACCACAGACCUGAGCUCCCUGGAAAAGUCCUUCUAUGACCUUUUCAAGAGAUUUGAGAAGCAGAAAGAAGUGAUUGAAGGCUACCGCAAGAAUGAAGAUUCACUGAAGAAAUGUAUCGAGCAAUACAUAGAAAAGAUUGAAAAGGAAGGCCAGAGGUACCAGGCACUGAAGGCCCAUGCAGAAGAAAAGCUCAAGCUAGCAAACGAGGAGAUCGCCCAAGCACAUAGCAAGGCGCUAGCUUUCCAGGCAAGCCUGAAGAAGGCACAGAUGCAAAUCCAUUCACUGGAGAAGACUGUGGAAUGCAAGACUAAAGAAAAUGAUGAGCUGACCCAGCUCUGUGAUGACCUCAUCUCUAAGGUGAAGAACUGACUGCAGCCAGCCACCACCAACCCACUGUCCGCCCAUUUCUGUGUCUGUCUGAUUUGUCUUUUGUGUGUGGUCUUUAACCCCUGUUCAUUUCUAAGUUACAUUACUUUGAAGACUAAAGUUUCUUAAUUUCAAAUUCAAA